AUGGUGUAUAACUUGUUGUUGGAAUAUGGCUUUGGAGGAACCCUAGCUGAUAUGAUCCAGAAAUUAGGUGGCUAUGGAUUGCCUGAAUCCGAUGUAAGGCGCUACACGAGGUGUAUCCUUAGAGGGCUGAAUCAUAUUCAUGAGUGUGGUUAUGUUCAUUGUGAUAUAAAGCUUGAGAAUAUUUUGCUUGUGCCCCUUACUAGAGGUGGUACCAGUGAGAUGAAGGCAAAGAUUAGUGAUUUUGGGUUGGUGAAAAGGAUGAGUCGGAGUAAGAAGAGGAAGUUGGAGCCUUAUUGGAGAGUCACUCCUCUGUAUUUGUCUCUUGAAGCAGUGGCUUAUAAUGUACAAGAGCCUCCAUCUGAUAUUUGGGCUCUUGGAUGUACUGUACUUGGGAUGUUAAUGGGAAUCCCCCGUGGAUUAGUUGAAGAUGAUGGGAUUGAAGAAUCAGAUGAGGUUUCAGCUGUAAAUCAGUUCAGCUCCUUCUUAUUGUUGUCUGAGGCUGAUGGUGAUGAUGAAGUCAGCUAUUGUUCUUUUUCAAAUGACUGCAGCUUCUUAUCCGAAGAGGAAUACCUUUCUUACUGCUCAAAAGAUGCAGAGGGGAUGGAUAAUCAAGAGUUUUGUAGUUUUGCUGAAGAAACAUUGCAUGCUGAAGAAAGUAGGGGUAUUCGGAUAACUAGAUCACAAUUCAGCGGGAAUCUAGCAAAGCAUAUGGUGGAAUAUUGGAUCAUAUUGUACAUUUAG